AUGCUCAGCCUAGGCAGGACAGCCGUCGCUCGGAGCGGCGUGCGCACGUUUGCCAGUACCUCCCGAGCCUCGUCGUCCCUGUACGAACAGACGAUUGCCAACAUCCGCAUCCACAAGGACACAAAGGUGCUCUGCCAAGGCUUCACGGGCAAGACGGCGACGUUCCACUGCAAGGAGGCGCUCGACUAUGGCACCAAGCUCAUCGGAGGUGUAUCGCCCAAGAAAGCAGGCCAGGAGCAUCUCGGUCUGCCCGUAUGGGGCAGCGUCAAGGAUGCCGUCAGAGAAGGCAAGCCGGACGCAACAGUACUCUACGUUCCGCCUCCGUUCGCAGCGGACGCGGUCAUCGACGCCAUCGAAAAUGAGAUCCCUCUCAUUGUCACCAUCACCGAGGGCAUCCCACAGCAAGACGAAGUUCGAAUUGCUCAAGUCCUCCGUAGCCAGACAAAGUCCCGCAUGAUCGGUCCCAACUGUCCCGGUAUCAUGGCGCCUGCUUCCGGCGGAGGCUGCAAGAUUGGCAUCAUGCCUGCCAAUAUCUUCAGCCCGGGCUGUAUCGGCGUCGUCUCGCGGUCGGGCACGCUCACCUACGAAGCUGUUGACCAGACAACAAAGGUGGGACUCGGCCAGACACUCUGCGUUGGCAUCGGAGGCGAUCCUUUCCCAGGCACCCAGCACAUCGACGUUUUGAAGGCCUUUAUGGAAGAUGAGAAUACAAAGGGUAUUGUGCUCAUCGGCGAGAUUGGGGGUACGAUGGAAGAGGAGGCGGCUGCUUACCUCGAAGAAUUCAACAAGUCCCGAAGCGUACCCAAGCCCGUCGUCGCCUUCAUUGCUGGCAGGACGGCGCCGCCCGGUCGAAGAAUGGGCCAUGCUGGUGCGAUCAUCAGCGGUGGCAAAGGCGGUGCAGACGACAAAGUAAAGGCGCUCGAGGCUGCAGGCGCCUUUGUCUCGGACAGUCCUGCCAAGCUGGGAAGCAUCAUGCUCAAAGCCAUGAAGGAUGCAGGACUGGCAUAG